AUGGCCAGAGAGAGAUAUCUAUACGCCAACAUGUCUGCAGUAAUCCACAAAGAGACCAGCGAACAUACGCACACAGUCAUUUUCCUCCACGGCAAGGACAGCAAUUCGCAAGACUUCGCAGACGAAUUCCUCGAAAGCGAGGCAUCUGAGCCUGCUGGUGGAUCACGCACCCUCCCAGACCUAUUCCCAGGCAUCAGAUGGGUCUUUCCUCAAGCACCAAUCCUUCAUUCGGAACACUUCAACAUGUGGCGAUGGUUCGAUAUAUGCGUCACGGCUCUGCUAGAUGUGAUCAAAGCUGAGGAAGUUCUUGUGCCUCGACGACAUAUAUACUUGGGAGGUAUCAGCCAGGGCUUUGCGACGGCGUUGGCUACCUUCUUUGCCAACGGGCAAGGUAUGGCUGGUCUGAUUGGGCUGUGUAGCUGGAUGCCUUUCGCCGACCAGGUCGAAGACCUUAAAGCACCCCAUGCUGAAGGUCGUAAAGCUUCUGAUGUUAGUGACGAGCAGCUGUUCUCUGCAGUCCAGGCGAUGUACUUCGGUCAACGAUCCCAAGGAGAAUCAUCAUCGCCAUUGCUCAGGUCUACUCCCAUUUUUCUUGGUCACGCAAAGGAUGACAACAUAGUUCCUAUCAAGAACGCCAGGCGAAUGCGGGAUGUUCUGGUGAACUCGUUAUCAAUGAACGUUGAGAUGGAAGAGUACAAGGAUGGGGGACACUGGGUGAACGAGCCUCAGGGUGUGGACGAUAUUGUGGAAUUUCUGAAGCAGACCAUGCGGAUAGUAGGCUGUCUGAGGGAAGUAUAG